AUGCAAAGAGGUAAGGUGAAGCUAGAUGAAGAUCUACGUCCUGAUCGUGAGGAUGAUUUCCAAACAGACGAUGAAGAAAAUCAGGCACAAAGGGUGUUUGAACAUUUGGAUGAUGAUACUGAUUCAGAUAAUUCACCCCCUUCACCAAGUUUAUCCAACGAUGUUUCCAUGAUCUCUUGGCCUCAAAGCUAUAGACAAUCUAUGGACAUGUUAACUAGUGCAACACCUCCUGGACUUAAUUUGUUAAAGAGAAUUGGUUCAGUAGGGAGAAGUAAUUCUCCCAUUACAUCAUUCAAGAGAUCUCAAGAACAACAAGACGAUUCUACCUUAUCUCUACCCCUUGUUUCUGAGCCAUGUGGAUUCAAACAAGAGAGUCGUCUUGUAUCAGUACCUCGUCUGCAACCACUUAGCAGUGCAAAAUUUUCUAUGGACGAAUUGCCACCGCCACAGGAACAAUGUUCAUAUGCAAAAUCAGUAAUUAAUGAAAGCAAUGAUGGACUCAAAACCUACCCAGAUAUUGGCCAAGCUGCUUUUGGAAUUGUUGGUCGUUUGGGGAUUGCAGCUUCUUGUGUUGAGUAUAUAAUACUAGUGAGUGAUAACCUCUCAUCACUAUAUCCUAACACCCAGAUGAGAUUUGGUGGGAUUGAUUUGAAUUCUGAAGAAAUUUUUGCCAUUACAGCAGCAGUUAUUGUUCUACCAACAAAGUUGCCUCUGUGCUCAGUUGGAGGAAUAUUUGCAACAGUACUUGUUGCACUUUGCUUGUUUUGGGUUGGGACAAUGGAGCAAGUUGUUGGAUAUAAGCCAGGAAAAAAAGUUUUAGACUUUGCAAACUUACCUGUCUCAGUUGGUCUCUAUAGUUUUUGCUUUGCUGGCCAUGCAGUUUUUCCUAACAUCUACUCUUCUAUGAAGGAACCAUCCAAAUUCCCAUCAGUGUUAUUUGUCUGCUUUGUGUUUUGCACUUUCAUGUACGUGAGUGUGGGAAUAAUGGGCUAUUUAACUUUUGGUGACUUAGUUUCAUCUCAGUUUACCUUAAACAUGCCGAAAGAAUUAUAUGCAUCUGAGAUUGCAACUUGGACAACGCCAUUACAGAAACUCAGAGAAUAA